AUGGAUAAUAUUUUAUUCUCAAAAGUAUUCAAUAAUUUAUUUCUUCAAAAUUUAAUAUUUAAAGAAGUUUCUGUGAUUUCAAGUCCACAAAGCAAUAGGAAGGCAAGACUAGAGAAAAUGGGUGUGUUUGAAUGUGCUAUUGCACGUGGCACUACAGAGAUGCUUGAAUAUCUCUUGGAGUUCUACAAGAUCGAUCGUCACUUGGAGAAUGAAUCGCCAUUCGAUCGCGUACUCAACCGGUUUUUGGUGUUUGCAGCACAGUAUGGUCGACUUGACAUGGUGGAAUACCUCUUCCAACGAUUCCCAGAUAAUCAAUCGCAGUGGGAAUUGAACCGUGCGUUGUCACUCUCGGUGUAUUCCGGAAAUUUCGAGCUCUUGAAAUUCAUUUCUGCAAAGCUCGAUAGCUGCGGUGAGGAAGUGAAUAAGAUUGACAACAAAAUGUUUGGUGGCAACGUCUAUAAUGAUGCCGCACACCUCGGACGUAUCGAUAUCAUAAAGUGGCUGUUAGAGAACCGCUCGCAAGACCUGGCGCGAACCAAUAUGAUCAUUUGUGCAACUCAAGGCAAUCAGCCAAAGGUGAUUGAGUUUCUUUUGGACGAGUUGAACUAUCCUAUGAAUAUGGAGUCGCGAGAUUACCUUAGAAUUGCAGCGAGAGCACCAGAUAGAACUGAGAUCUUCAAGAUGUUGUAUCAAAGAAAAUGCGUGUGUCCAGUCAAUGCUAUGAAUGAAGCAUCGGCAUUUGGAAACCUCGAGCUUAUUAAGUGGCUACAUGAAAAUACAACUAUUGGAUGUACUGAAGAUGCUAUGACAAAUGCCGCUGAAAUGGGACACUUGGAAACUGUCAAGUGGCUCCAUGCAAAUCGAACUGAAGGAUGUAAUGAAGAUACAAUGGAUCUCGCUGCUGGCCAAAACCAUUUGGAAAUUGUCAAGUGGCUCCAUGCAAAUCGAAAUGAAGGUUGCACGGAGAAUGCAUUUUAUAAUGCUAUUAGUGCCAAUCAUCUAAACAUGUUGAAAUGGUUGCACAAGAAUAAAAAUGAGGAAUUCAACCCGUCGGUUGAGAUGCUAGAUCAUGUUGCACAACUUGGAUUUGUCGAGAUGCUACAAUGGUUGGAGGAAACCACUGGAUUGCAAUGCUCGGAAUCCGCAUUGAUUGAGGCACUAGCGACAUCUCUGCCAAUGGUGAAAUAUCUCUACAGUAGAAAUGGACCGGACAAUCUAUAUGGUUUCAACGAACAAAUAUUCGAUAUUGCUGUCGGUUCUCUACAUCUUGGCAAUGUCAAAUGGCUACACGAGAACCUGACAGGUAUCGAAGAUGCCAGAACUUUUAGUCUACAGUCAUUCGGCAGAGCACUCCAAUCGAAUGCCUAUGAAUUGGUUGAUUUCCUAGCAGAGAAAGAGAGUGAGCAGUGUAAGACUCACUUGAAAUCAAUGAAUAUCGAUGACCUUAUCAAAUAUCUUUUGAAAAACAAUAGUUGCUAUACAUUGGAAUGGGUACUACAAAAUGCAACUACUCUCAGCAUUGAUCAACUCCAGCAACAUCAAAAGUCAGUUAGUACAUUGAAUUCAAUUGAAGCAAUCGAUGUAUUAACAUUACAUAUCGAUUCACUUUCACUUUCAACCAAAUAA